AUGCACGGCGCAGAGGAAGCAGUGGCGUCCGGGGGGCCGCGGGUGAGCGCGGCGAGCACGCAGACCGACAGCAUGGCCGGUCAAAUGCCAAGACUUUCUAAGGUCAAUCUUUUUACUUUGUUCAGUCUCUGGAUGGAGCUCUUUCCCUCGGCUGAGCAACAGAAAAAAUCACAGGUAAAGAAGAGUGGUCUAGUUGUGGUGAAAAACACGAAGAUUAUUGGUCUUCAUUGUUCCAGUACAGACUUGCAUGCUGGCCAGAUUGCACUCAUUAAACACGGAUCAAGACUUAAAAACUGUGAUCUUUAUUUUUCCAGAAAACCAUGUUCGACUUGUUUAAAAAUGAUUGUAAACGCUGGGGUGAACAGGAUUUCUUACUGGCCUGCAGAUCCUGAAAUCAGCUUGCAGAAUGAGGCGUCCAAUCCCAUGACUACUGAUGAUGCAAAGCUAGAUGCCAAAGCAGUAGAAAGACUCAAGUCAAAUAGUCGUGCUCGUGUGUGUGUGUUGCUUCAGCCCUUGGUGUGCUAUAUGGUGCAAUUUGUUGAAGAAACUUCCACUAAGUUUGAUUUUAUUCAAAAAAUAGCAAAAUCUCAACGUGACUCAAAUACUGACUUUUAUACUGCAUGUAGACAAGAGAGAAUAAAAGAGUAUGAAAGUUUAUUCCUAAUUUCAAAUGAGGAAACGCACAAGCAAAUAUUGAUGACAAUAGGACUGGAGAACCUCUGUGAAAAUCCGUACUUCAGCAACCUUAGGCAAAAUAUGAAAGAUCUUGUCUUGGUCUUGGCGACAGUGGCUGCCAGUGUCCCUGUCUUUGGGUGCUUUGGAUUUUACAACAGUGAACCACGGCGAACAAAUGAAACAGACCAUCAGGGUUUGCCCCAAGAAAUUGCAAGGCACUGUAUGAUACAAGCCAGACUACUUGCGUAUCGGACAGAGGAUCAUAAAACGGGAGUUGGAGCUAUUAUUUGGGCAGAAGAAAAAUCAAGAAGUUGUGAUGGAACAGGAGCAAUGUAUUUUGUAGGCUGUGGUUACAAUGCCUUUCCUGUUGGCUCUGAAUAUGCUGAUUUUCCACACAUGGAUGAUAAACAAAAGGAUCGGGAAAUCAGAAAGUUCAGAUACAUUAUACAUGCAGAGCAGAACGCCUUGACAUUCAGGUGUCGAGAAAUAAAGCCAGAUGAGAGAAGCAUGAUAUUUGUGACGAAGUGUCCAUGUGACGAAUGUGUCCCUUUAAUCAAAGGGGCUGGUAUCAAGCAGAUCUAUGCAGGAGAUCUUGAUGCUGGAAAAAAGAAAGCAGACAUAUCCUAUAUGAAGUUUGGUGAACUUGAGAGUGUAAGCAAAUUUACCUGGCAACUGAAUCCAUUGCACACUAAUGCCCUUGAAUUCCAUGACCCCACAGCCAGGGAAAAUGGGGUCCAGAAAACAAAAUCAGUAGAUGACCAGCAGCACCAAAACAAGAAACUGUGUCUUGGUCACUACUGAAUAAUUAAGCACUUCUGCAGUCUUGCUCUGUACUUUUUAUAAUGCAGCCUGUUUGCACUUUCAAAUAAGGAAGAGUUUUAUUUAUUGUUUGGAAAGUGAUUUUUAGAAUAAGUUUAUUUAUGAUGUCUUAAAUGUUUUACAGAAUUACCUGAAGGUCUUUUUAAUUUAGAAGUUCCGGGGAAAAAAUGCUGCUUGUAAUUUCUGUGAAAGUAACUGGGUGGCUAAUCAUUGU